AUGAAGUUUGAGAAUGUUCUUGCUGAUAUUAACGGAUUUGGAAGAUUUCAGAUAAUGAUCAUUGUUAUCAGUUUCAUCGGCCGCUUCACUCUGCCUUGCCACUUCAUGCUCAGCAAUUUCAUUGCAGCUGUUCCCUCUCAUCACUGUGACAUCAGCUCUCUGGAUGGUGGGGGUAUUUUUAUGAAUUUAUCCCAGACAGAGAGGCUUCUUGUUACUAUUCCAGUUAAGCAGGAUGGGACUCCAAGCUCCUGUCAGAUGUUCCAGGAGCCUCAAUAUCAUCUGCUAUUUAACACUUCCCACAUCACUGAUGCGCGUACAGUGCCGUGCCAGAAUGGAUGGGUGUACGAUAACACUACUUUCAAGUCUACUCUGACCUCAGAGUGGGACUUGGUGUGUGAUAGAAGAGGGAAAAACAAAGCAACUGCUACCAUCUUCUUUGUUGGAGUCAUGUUUGGAGCGAUGGCCUUUGGCAGUCUGAGUGACAGGUAUGGCAGAAGGAUCAUGUUGCUGGUAUCAUACGUGUCUGGGAUGGUGUUUGCUGUUGCAAGCGCCUUUUCUACUUCCUACGUGAUGUUCACGGUCCUGAGGUUCCUCACUGGCUUCUGCAUCACAGGCAUCGUCAUCGUUUCAGCAGUCCUCAGUGUGGAGUGGGUGGACAUUGAACACAGGAAGAUUGUGGGAGUGAUCGACAGCUUAUCCUGGACGUUUGGAAAUACAGUGUUUUCACUUAUUGCCUAUUUUGUGAAUGAUUGGAGGAGACUGAUAAUCAGUGUUACAUUACCUUUAAUCUUGGGCAUCUUCACUUGGAGGUGGAUGCCAGAGUCGGCUAGGUGGCUGAUUGCCAAUGGAAAGCUGGAGCAAGCUCAGAUGUAUUUGAAAAACUGUGCCAACAUGAAUCGGACAGAAGAGUCGAUUCACACACUUAAAACAGAGACACUAUCCACCAUUGUUACGACGGAGAAACGAGAUCGAACCUACUCUUACCUCGACCUGAUUCGGACACCUGAGAUGAGGAAACUGGCCCUGCGUACUGGUAUAUUAUGGUUUUGCGUUGCAACUACAUUUUACGGCAUCAGCUUCAAAAUCACAGGUUUCGGGCUCAACAUCUAUCUCACUCAGUUUACCUAUGCAUUAAUUGAACUUCCUGCCAAACUGGCAAACCUCUACUUUCUGGAAAAGAUAGGCAGGCGACACACUAUAGUGGGAACUUUGCUGAUGACUGCCAUUUGUCUUGGACUCAAUAUUGUGAUACCAAAAGAAAUGUCGGUCGCCACGACUGUGGUAGCCAUCAUUGGAAAAGGGUUUUCUUCAGCAUCCUUUGCCACUGUAGUGCUAUACAGCUCUGAGCUGUACCCGACUGUAGUAAGGCAGAAUGGUAUGGGUUACAACUCGUUCAUGGCUCGGUUUGGCGUAGCUGUGGCUCCUAUGAUCCUCUUACUGGAUGAGGUCUGGACGGAGCUGCCACAGAUCGUCUUGUGCUUUGUGGCUGUACUUGGGGGAAUAGUGGCAAGGACGCUUUCAGAGACCCGCAACAGGUGCCUGCCAGAGACCAUAGAAGACAUUGAACAGAAGCAGUAG